UUUGCAGUUGUUGAUUGUGACUGUCACAGUUUGGCUUGCUUUCGCUCGAAAGUUUUCGUUGCAAAUGCAUUAUUUACUUAUUUUGUAAAGAAAUACCAAAUGUAAAUAGUAUUAAUAUCAUUAGUGAAACUUAAACCUAUCUUACAAUAUGGAUUUAAUAUACUCCAUGAGGCGAAAGCCUCUGAAUUGCGAGCCGCCACACUUCGAAAGUGUAACAGACCAUGAAGUGGUCCGUCCAAUCUGCACGAUAUCAACUUGCAACAUCAUUGCAUUCUCCUCCCCCACGGAGCUGAAUGACACGGAGGGGGACACGUGGGGGGGACAUGUGUAUGUGUGUGACCUGGACACUCCCUGGGACAGUCACAGGGUUACAGGGAGUGCUUAUCCUAUAUCAGUGCUGGAAUGGGACAUAGAAGGCAAGCAGCUACUGGUGGCCAACACAGUGGGGGAGGUCUCCGUGUUCACACAGAAGGACUACCUGCUCAAUGAAUGGACCUGCAUCUAUACUGCCAGCUUCCCAGGGGAGCACAUAAUCGGCGCGUCGUUCUUCCACAACGGGCGGCGCACGGUGAUGGUGGACAAGAAACCCGACGCGCCCAUCUCCGAGCGGAUACAGAUGCUCAGAUGUGCACCCACGCUCAAGGGAUUCGGCGGCGUGGCGGUGGAGGGCGCGUGCGUGGUGUCUGCGACGGGGCUGGUGGGCGCGCUGACGGCGCCGGCCGAGGGCACGCGCGCCGCCGUCACCACGGACUGUCUGCGCCCCACCAGGGACCACAUCACCGCCGUCAGCAUCGCGCACAAAAACGGCAGCCUGGCAGUAGCGAUGGUGUGUCGCGGCGGGGGUGGCGGCGGGGGCGGCGUGCGGCGCUGGUGCGUGCGCGUGGUGUGCGUGGGGCUCACGUCGGGGGGGCAGGGGGGAGGGGGGGCGCCGGGGGGACUCACCAUGGAGCCGCUGCCCACCAUAUAUCUACCGGUGCAGGACGCGCAGCCCGUAUCAAUAUCGUGGUGCGGUCGCGAGGAGUGCGACUCCCUGCUGGUGGCGGGGGCGGCGCUGUCGCUGUGGAAGUGCACCGAGCGCGCCCAUCAAGUACACAAGCUCUUCGCUAAAGGUCCUCUACAAGGCAGCACUACCCCGGGCGGGGGGCCCAAACCUGGCCUGGACUGCUUCAGCACUCUCGCGUGGCAGAAGACGGCGGCGUGGGGCGUGGAGGGCGGGGAGCGCGGCGUGUGCGCGGCCAGUACGCGCCACCCCGCCGCGCCUCCGCACGCCGUGCUCGCCACACCCAGGGCCUUACAUCUACUCGCCAGAGACACGCAUCAUUACAUAUGCAGUCGUGCAGUGGUGACUACAGGCGGUCUGUCCGCGGUGGAGGCAGCCUCCACGCCGCCCAAGAAGACCAAGUACGGACCCAACGGCGCAUCGGGGUGCGCGAUAGUGUCGUGCGUGGAGAUGUCCCACCUGGGCGGGGUGCUGGUGGCCGUGGACACGCACGCGCAGCUGCACGUCUACCGUCUGCCGCAGCCCUGGUCCGACAUACCGACCCCUUUGGCGGUGCAGCUGGCGACGGGCGUGCUGGAGUGGGCGCUGGUGGCGGGGCGCGACCCGCUGGACGUACUGCUGGCCGCCGCGCCCUGCCACAACGUACUGGAGCUGCUCUACGACAGGAUAACGGAGUCGUUCCAGCGCCAGCCGCCCGCGUUCCAGCAGUAUUACUACCACAACUGGUUGAAGCUGAGGAUAGCACUCUGCAGGAUGAUCCCGGGCGCGCAGAGCAGCGCGUCGUGGCUGACGUGCCUGCAGUCGCUGUGCGCGGGCUGGGCCGCCGUGUCGCUGGCGCUGCGCCCCGACGACAAGCCCGACGCAGCGCUACUCGCCGCCCUACUGGACGACCACGCGCAUGACCACGAAAAGAGCCUGCUGGCGCUGGAGUCGAAGCCGGAGGCGCUGGUGGAGGCGGCGGCGCUGCAGCCGCUGCGGCGCUGCGUGCAGCGCGCGCUGGACAUAGGGCUCACCGCGCUGCUCGCACUCGCCGCGCCGCACCACCACCACACGUACGAGGUGAUAUCGGACGGCGCAGCAGUAUCCCUGGUCCGUCGUCUAGCGGCGUUGGCCCGCGCGGCGCGCCCCGCCGCCCGCGCCGCCGACCUGCUGGCGCGGCCGCUCGCGCGCCUCGCCGCCGCGCCGCCGCCUCUGCCGCCCAAACAGGACCUCGUCGAGGAGUGCGCGGUGCUGGGCACGCAGUGGACGGGCGCGCGCGUGUGGGAGUCGCUGCCGCGCUGCGCCGUCUCCGCGCCGCACGGGAAGCACUGGCCGCUCUACUUGGAGUACGGUGUAGAGCCUGAGGCGUUGCGGUACAAUCCCGACCCACCAGUGUACGCACAAUGCGAGACAACGCCUUCGAUUACAAUGGACGCAAUACGCUACAUGUAUGUAGGUGGCGGUCUCCGACCAGCUCGGUGGCGGCAGUGUGGGCGCUGUGGGUCCCGCGCCCUCGCCGCCUCGCAGCCAAACAAGCAUCCGUUGCAGUGCGCCUAUGAUGGACGGUUUCUAGCUGACUGCAGAUGCGGAGGAAAAUGGACCUUAUUUUCAAACAUUUAAGACUCUCACUAGUUUGUAAGAAAUAAAAAUAGUUAAUACCUAUUAUAAAAUAUUGUUGUUGUAAUUGUAAAUAAAUAGUUUUAUACUUUAA